AUGAUCUGCCAGGUUGCGGACAAGUGCGGCGUCCCAAAACUGAAGAAAGGAGUACGCAAAAGAUUUGAAUACACAGCUACGCUUUCCUGGAAAGCUGACAAGUUCCUUACGGCUAUUGAUAAGACAUGUAGCACCAUGCUGGAGGGGGGCCAGGGCUCUGCGAGAGACCCUUUGUUGAAGCCGCCUUUCUUCACAUCGACGUACUCCAAGUUAGCGCGGGGUUUAACGAUGUGCCUGAGAGGACCGGGGGUUGUUUGCGGCCGACCUGAUGGAGCACCAUCUGGCAAGAAGGCAGUUCACUGGCUAUAA